CAGAGGGUGAGACAGGGGGAGGGAGUGUCUCUGUCUCCGCUCCUCUGAACACAUGUGCCCACUUUGUUUAUAACGUGCGGACGCUUCAGGUGAACAAGACCCGGACCCGACACUGUCCAGAACCAGUACCAGAGCCAGAACCAGAGCCAGAACGACCCGCUUCUGUGUCCGCGCUGAGGCAGGAGAACCCGGUGCCGAAGAGAGCCGAGACUUCCCGAGUCCAACUUCAGCUCACUGUGGCCCAGUGUGAUGUGACCGGUCUGUCCGUCUGUCCGACCGCUCCCUCUUUCUCUCCACAUCAGCGGCGACCGAUCAGCGAUGACACACCCUCAGACGGCAGGAGGAGUCAUGACCGGAGGGGCGGGGUCUCUCCAAAUCCUGAUGUUGUGGCUCCUCCCACUGCUGUGGCUGACACCUGUGAACUCCAAUCUCACUCCAGACGCCAAAUCCCCAAGCCAGACGUGGCCACGCCUGCAGCUGUCACAUGACGACCUCAGGAACAGCUCUGCCAUCUUCUGGAUGGGGGACGUCAGUGGUGGUGGAUACCAGACUCUGCUGCUGGACGAGGAUCAGGGCUGGCUGCUGGUCGGUGGUAAAGACCACAUCUACCUGCUGAGGCCUGAGAGCCUGGAUCUGCCUGCACGAGCGGUUCACUGGCCCGCAGUCAGAGAACAUGUGGAGCACUGCAGGCUGGCGGGGAAAAGUGUCGAGAGUGAAUGUGCGAACUUUGUGCGUCUGCUGCAGCCGUUCAACAAGACGCACGUUUACGCCUGCGGCACCGGAGCGUUUCAUCCACAGUGCACGUACCUGCACACAGGAAACAGCAAAGAGGGGCCAUCCUUCAUGUUGUCUCACACAGUGGAGUCAGGACAAGGCAAAUGUCCCUUCAGUCCCAGAGAGCCGUUCACUGCCAGACUGACCGAUGGGGAACUGUACGCAGGCACCGCCGUCGACUUCAUGGGAGCCAACGCUGCAAUCUUCAGAACAACCAUAGAGGGCAGCAGUCAGCACUACAUCCGCACCGAGGCGUACGACCACAACUGGCUGAACGAGCCGGAGUUUGUCGGUUCCUUCUCCAUCCCCGACACCCACAGUCCGGACGAUGACAAGGUUUACUUCUUCUUCAAGGAGAAGGCGGUGGAGGCGGGACAGUGGGACAAGAGGGUGUACAGUCGCGUGGCUCGAGUCUGCAAGAAUGACGUAGGAGGGAGGCGGAGUCUGAUCAACCGCUGGACGACCUUCCUCAAAGCCCGACUCGUGUGUUCGGUGCCGGGACCGUCUGGCGUCGACACACAGUUUGACGAGCUGGAGGACAUUUUUGUUCUGGAGACUAAAGAUCCACAGAAUCCGAUCAUCUACGGCGUCUUCAGCACUUCCAGCUCCAUAUUCCGUGGCUCAGCUGUGUGCGUCUACUCCAUGGCGUCGAUCCGCGCCGCUUUCAACGGCCCCUUUGCCCACAAAGAAGGUCCCGACCACCGCUGGGUGGAGUACAAAGGCCGCAUUCCAUAUCCAAGACCUGGAACUUGUCCCAGCGAGACGUACGACAUGCUCCACAAGUCCACCAAAGACUUCCCCGAUGACGUGGUGAGCUUCAUGCGCCAGCAUCAGCUGAUGUGGGAACCCGUCCCGCCUCUGGGCGGCAGACCCGUUCUGACCCGGGUCAACGCGCCCUACAUCCUGAAGAGAGUGGUGGUGGACAGGGUGGACGCCGAGGACGGGCCUUAUGAUGUCCUGCACCUGGGCACCGAUGACGGGAAGGUGGUGAAGGCCGUGUCGGUCAUCAAAGACAACUGGGACACAGAGGAGAUCAUUCUUGAAGAACUGACCGUCUUCCAGAGUCCAACCCCCAUUUUGAGCAUGGAGCUGUCAACAAAGAGGCAACAGCUGUACGUGUCGAGUGAGCUCGGUGUGGCUCAGCUGCGGCUCCAGAGGUGCGAGCUGUACGGGAGCGACUGUGCCGAGUGCUGCCUCGCCAGAGACCCCUACUGUUCCUGGGACGGACAGACCUGCUCCAGAUUCUUCCCCACCAGCAAGAGGCGAGCGAGGAGACAGGAUGUGAAGUAUGGCGACCCCUGGAGCCAGUGUCCUGUCACAGAGGACGACUCUGACUCGGUGGAGGUGAAGGCCGUGUACGGCGUGGAGGGAAACGCCACCUUCCUGGAGUGUCGACCUCGGUCGCCUCAGGCCGAGCUCAGGUGGACGGUGCAGCAGAACACGGGAAGUCAGUCACGUAACAGCAGAGCGCGUCAGCUGCCACAGAGUGAUGACGACCGCUCUGUUCAGAUGAAGCGGGGGUUGCUGGUUCAGCGCCUGGAGCUGGCUGACGCGGGUUUCUACACCUGCGCCAGCCACGAGCACUCCUACACCCAGGUCCUGGCCCGAUACCAAAUUCACAUCAUCCCCAGCCAGGGCCUCCACCCAGCCAGCUACCAGCAGAACCACAGCCCGAACCACGGGAGGACUGGCUCUGCCGGAGAAGCCGUGCCCGGUUUCCUUGGCCACGCGGGGCAACCUCAUCCUCCACCUUCUCUACCGGGACACAGGAACUCGUGGCUGCCUCAGCAGCUCACUCUGAAGACCUACAAAGACCUGCACAUGAUCGGGACCAACAGCCUGAGCGUGGACCAGUACUGCGAGCAGCUGUGGUACCGUGAGAAACGUCGGCAGCAGAAGCUGCGCGCCCUGAAGCUGAAGCAGGAGAACAGGAAAGCGCGGGUGAGGAGGAACAACCCUCCUGAGAUUCCACUGUAGUCCACCUGCAGGACACAAGACACUGUCCACUGUGCACUGUCCACUGUCCAUGGACAACAGACCCUGUACAAGGAAAGACUGUUAUGUUCAUUAAAAAAAGAGUGGUAUAUUCUUAUCCUGUAUUUAGACAGUACAAAAAAAUGUAAUUAUUAAUGUAGAAGAGUUUUUGUCUCUGAACUUGUAUUAUUAUUAUCAACGUUUAUUAUUGUUUGGGACGUGUAGCGUGAAAAUGCUGUUUAACUCAUGGCGCAUUUCCAUCGUACAGUUCCAGCUCUACUCGGUUCUACUCAGUUUGGUAUCAGUCCCGUGGUUUUCCAUCACUAUAGCUCCUCCUCCACGUGGGCGGGGGCGUCAUAGCGCGGCUGUGUGAAACUGCCGUGAUGUUAUGGACGAAUUCAAAAUAAUUGUUCACAGAUUUGUUCAGUCACUGAAGUGAAAUAUUAGUGAACGUGCUCACAAUCACCGGCUUUCAGCAGUGCUGUCUCUAAAUACAUCUGACUCCUCUGUUAAAUAUGGACAUUUGACACAUUUGCUUUGCUAAAUGUUGGAGAUGAACGCAUGCUCCCAGGACUGGACAUUGUUGGCUUUGAUUCUCAUGUCGGACGUCGCGCUCAUGACUCUUCCAGUGACGGCACUUUCUGACCGAUCAGAGGCCAGCAGUCUGUAGACGUUUAGUAUCAUCUGAGUAGAGUCGAGCUAGAACUCUAUAACGGAAAAGCACCAACUGUCCUGUUCAGCGGUUAAUUGUAAGCAACUUGGACUGAAACGUGAAUCGACUUUAGUUAGCUGUUAGCUAACUGCUGAAAAUGCUAUUUAGAUAGAGAAAUUCAGACUAGGUUGAUGGCAUAAUCACAGUGUGUGUGACCAAAGUCUUCAAAACAAACUAGAGACGCGUACACCACUGACACAGAGAUGAUAGCCUAACAAGUUAGCAAGUUAGCACUUUGUAGGGGAGGAAAUAUCUACCAGCAAGUAACAAUCUCUCCCCAAGAAGUAUUCUGUCUUUCCGGCGUUAGCGAGAGGUUUUCCAAAGUAAAGUAUAGUAAAUAUUUAUUUAAUCUGACUCCAUUUAGACAACAAUUAACUUUACUUUUAAAUAUUGUUGGGAAUUAAAGUUAACCAGUCAUUUGAAA